GGUGGAUACCCCGGAUAGUGUACUUCAGAGUGGUUUAAACAUGUCAGACUUGGGUCAGAACGCAGUUCUGCGCUCGAUGGUGGAUCCCAUGGACUACGAUAGACUGAGGCACCUUCAAAUGAAUGGAGGAACGCCAAAUACAUUCGAGGAGACUAUAUAUAGGUUAAAAGUACAAGAAGCUUUAAGAAAACGGGAAAAAUUUACGAAAGAUCACGAAGAGAUUCUGAGAGACAUCAAACAGGGUUUACUUAAUUUAGGCAAAGAAGGAAUUAGAGGGCCUUUGACUGGAGACGACACCUACAUGUACGAUGAAGACGCGCGUAUGCUAGCACCGACCGCCCCUUGCGCGCCGGCCAUGGACCGUCCCGCACACUGGUACGACGAACCUCCCUACGAGAGCGACCCUGAGGAUUUCCUGAUGGGCGGCCAAGGACAGCCGCUACCUCAGGCCACCUUCAGGAACGGCAGGGUGUGUUUUACGCUUAACCUCAAACAGGAACCAAGGUCAGAAGGGGUCAUAUCACUGAGAAGUGCUGGAGAUAUUUCACUGCCAAAAGAUUCUAAUGGAGGUGUGACAACUCCAAGAAGAGGAUUGAUACUACCUCCUCAGGCUGGGUACCCUCCAACUAUUAUUCCUUUAAGGUCAUCUAGAGAUCGCGAAAGCGGCGACUACGCAUCCGACGUCCAAAGCGUCAGUUCCCGCCUGUCCAACCUUUCUGUGGACACCAGCCGAUCCGAGCAACUCGAAAUGGGCCAACUGAUCUCUCCCAAGUACUACGAUCACCACCAUCAUCACCACAAUCACCACCAUCACCAUGAAAGCAGGUUGAGGCAGUACCGAAGGGUGGCUGCAGGUGCGGGUUAUGCUAGGAGCGAGGAUGAGGGCAUGUCGCCGAGUCAGAGCAGCGAUUAUGAGGAUCAGGAGGAUUUCGGGGGCGGGGAGAGCAGCGAGCAGGUGGCUACUGUACACGUGUCAAGUGAUGGCAGAGCAUCAAGCUUAGUUGGCAAAGUUCGAGGACUUAGGGAAGAUGUACAAAGGAAGAUAUCGCGAAUGAAAGGUGAAAAUUCUGAUCAAAGACGACAUCCGCAAGACCAGGCAUUUCCUUGUUCCGCUAGCUCGGUGGAAAGUCUACCAAGUGGAUCUGGAUCAAGUACGCAGGCAUUAGUGAGAGCUGGGAGCAACCAUAGUUCAAUAUCAACAGAAGAUGCUGAACCAAGCCCAACCGAGCAGAUAGUAGGCAGAGCAAGGGCACUUGUUGACCAAGUGCCUAGUCCUUACGACAAGGAUGCGUUAAAAUUCAAGGCUGGUGAUAUAAUUGAAAUAACGUCAAUGAACCAAAGCGGACUUUGGCGAGGCAUCUGUCAUGGGAGACGAGGAACCUUCAAGUUUAUCAACGUAGAAUUGAUGUCCGAGAGGUCAGUGAAGUCCAAAAGGGAAACCAAGUGGCAUCGGAAUAUCAAAGGCAGACCUGCGACCGUGGAAGACCUGCUCAAGAGAAUUGGGCUGCAGGAGUAUACGUCGGUAUUUGUACUUAAUGGGUAUGAAGAUCUAGAAUUAUUCAAAGAAAUAGAACCGUCGGACCUGGAUUAUCUGGGUAUAGUCAAUGUUGAUCACAGAGCGAAAAUCUUGUCAGCAGUUCAGCUACUACACGAUCUAGACUCUGGCAGUGAAGCUGACGCAGCUGGCGGCUCGUCGAGUGAUGGCGGAGGUGGCGCUAUGCACCCAGUGGGCGGUCCCUUCGACCAUCGUCAUCACUUAAUCCCCGCCCAUUACAGCCAUGCCGCUCCUACCGAUACUUCUCCAUUCAAUAGGCGGUGCUAUGCGGCAAUUGGUGCAAGGCAACCGACGUCGCCAGGACAAGGGGCGGAAUCAGAUGCCAGUGACGGGAUACCGGGGAUGGGGUUACAGCAAGGGAUGGGGAUGCAUAUGCAGCUGGGAGAUAAGAAUAAUCUUGAUUCUGUAGUGGAGAGGUGUAGCAACGAGAUUUUGGCAAGACAAGCUCAGAAAAAUUCAGUGAAUCUGAAGGAAGAACUCUCAUAUCAACCUAAUAUUCCAAAUUCGGCAAGUACGGAACUGCAACAACAUCAGACAAUCCAGCAGCGAAAGCCAAAGGACUCUUACGUCAGUGUUCAUGGCCAAACGACAUUAAUAGAUCCAUGUCGGAGAAGCCUGUCCAAAGGACGGACGAAAGAGGAAAUUUGUGAGACUGAUCCAAAAUUAGCAAGUGUCAAAUACGUCGUGGGAGGAGGAGCUGAUGACUUAGGAACACUGAACGUGUUAGGCAGGAGUUGUCUGAGUGAAAAGUCCAGCGACUCCGGCGUGAGCAGUAGCUCCCUGUCAUCCGGCAACGUGAAGGAACCUCAAAACCGUCCAGCUCUUCAGCAAUCGUCCAUGGUCGAACCCCCUCACUCACCACACAUCGCUCUGAGAAUCGUCAAACAGAACCCUACACCUGGACAGGGGCAGCCCACGUAACACAGUACGAACCCCUUUUUGCGGUAGACAAUUUUAUAAACGAAUGGAAAGAUAACAGUUGUCCUACGCAGUAGCAGUAAAUGUCAAGAAGAAAUCGGAACGUCACUGUAUGUACCAAGGAGCCUAUUCUUGACCCUUCGCAUCCGAACGAAUCGUUCGUGAGCGAACCGAUAUGGUUUAUCGAUAUUACGCCAGGAAAUUUCGUACAAGAAAAUCCUACAAUUUUUCGAAACAGGAAAUUUUGGUGGUAUCGUUAGAUUUUUACUUCCUAAUGAUAAGUUCAAAUUGGCGCCAUGAUGGGGGAAAGCAUUUGCUUUUGAUCGAAAAUCUCAAAAACCAUCGAUCGUAUGAAAAAAUUUAAUAGAAGCACUUUUAUAGGGAAUUAAAAUAUUUAUCAUUUUGAUUUUAUAAAAAUUUGUCGUAUAACCCAAAAAUUACGAGAAAUUAAUAGAUAAAGGUACAUGUAAUGAUAUUUCCUCUUAAAAUAGCUAAACUAAGAAUCUAAGAGUAUAAAAAAGGUCUUCUGGGUCUUUUCGACACCUUGAUGGUUCUUGAAGUAUAAGGAGGAUAACUUCAUAAUCAUUAUCUACGGUCAACGAUACCAGGUUAAAGUGAAUAUUUUUUUACUACCAAGUUUAGAAAAUGAAAUAUUUUUUGAUAAUUUGUGGUUGUUUUCAUCAUGAAGAUCAAGUCACUCUCUUCCAUCGGCCUGUCUAUAGGCGAUUCUGCCACUACAUAAUUUCAGUAACGCUGCAGCGAUUUUAAUGGAAUUAGAAUGUAGUAGAUAAUACUGGCUUACGCAGUGAGAAAAUGGCCAAUAGACAGUGCAUUUUCAGGAGACAUCAGAAAUUAUCCAGGAAUAUUACAUUUUCCAUACUUAUGCGUGACAGUAAAAAAAUGUAUUCGCCUUGAAAUGGUAAAAUUGAUCACAGAUGAUAAUAUGCCGCACGACUGGUGUCGAAACAACAUGAAGGACCUUUUUGGAAGUACAUUUUAUUUUCUACUAGAAAGGAUAAUAGUUUUUAUACGCUAAGGUUGUUAGUGUAGCCGUUAUAGUCUAAAAUGUCAUUACAUAUACCUUCAUACUUAAGUUUCUCGUAACGAUUGACCAUAUGGCAAAUUUUAUACAAGCAAAAUGAUGAAUUCAAUUCCCUACAAAAUUAUUUCUAUUACUUUUUUACAUAGGACUGAUGAUUUUAGAGAUUUUUGAUCAAACGCACUUAUCAAAAUGGAUGCAAUAAUCUAACCUCCCUAAAAAAAAUUACUAUCACGAAAAUUAUAGGAAAAAAGUACCCAAUUCCUGACCAAAUCGCAGAAUCACUUUGCAUGAAAUUUUUGCCGCAUCUCAACAGAAAAAUUUGAGAAAAUUUUAAUGAGUCAGCGUCACUUGGCGUUAUCACCAGGAUAAAUAAAAAAUAUGUGAGUCCUUAUCCCAGUGUCUGCUAUGCAGUUUUAAUUUAUUUGGUAUAUUAUUUGGGAUAAUAAACAGGUGUUGAAAGUGUCACUUUUUUCAUAUUGCCGACGCUUCGGCGAUUAUUUUUCAUGGCUAAAAAAAAUGAAAAACUUUAUAAAAUUCAAAAUCGUACAUGACGAAAUGAAAUGGACCACUUGAUAAGAUUGAAAAAAAAAUCAAAGUUAUAUGAUUUUUCAAAUUUCAAUAAUUUAAUAAUUUUCUUUAAGCCAUACAAUUGUCACGUUUUAUCUAAUGUUAACGAGUAGCGAUUCAACACUGCUUUAAUGCCGGAUACAGAACCAAGAACGCAACCCAAAUUUUGAUAAAGUAAACAUUCAGCUUCGGCCGAAGAAUGUGUUAAAAGCCGGACAUCACCAUCAGCUUCAGCGAUAAAAUUCUCUUUCGGUCGGACGCUAUCCUUGGUACAAAUAAUACGUUCCCAAAAUGAAACCCUAACCCUUCAAUUAUAAAAAAAAAACGAAAAAGGGUGAACCACACUGUUUUUCACAUCAGAAUCAUAACGAUAAUUUUAUUCCUCCAUGUUCGUUUGGCCGCUAAGUGAGACCAGAUAUGUUUUGAUCACUAUUUACUGACACGUUUCGGCCACCACGGUGACCUUUUUCAAGUACAAAUGACAAUUCUGAAGACAAUAUAUUUUUUUAUCUAUCUUUCCGAUGACAGUCCGAUUCUGUUCUUCCUUUUCACAUUCCUAAAGAGUGUCCGGGACAACUUAGAGUUGCCAUUCUACUCCCAUAAUGGCGUCCAGCUUCCCAAAGCGACAAGCGAGCAUGAGGUUAUCUGUCUUUUUUUAAUGUACUAGACACCCUCUCCCAUCGAAAACGCUAAAAGUGCUCCGAAAACUCGAAAACCCACCCAGAACUGAUGUCGCUGUUGCAGAAAUGCAGACGGUCCUGCUUUUAUCUUAAAAUUGCAAUCAUGGCUUCACGUAAUCUCGGCAUCUUACAGGACCGUGCAGACUGUAUAUUGUAGUAAGGCAAAUAGAAAUGGGAAAAGGAAGAAACAAACGAACUAUCGACUGGAAAACAAAUAAACAAAGAUUUUGUCAUCAGAAUCGUCAUUGUACGUGAAAAAGGCUACCUUGGUGGCCGAAACUUCAAACAUAUGUGGUUCUAUUUAGAUGCCAGACAAACAUGAAGGAUUAUCAGAAUGGAAUCCACAUGAUGCUUCAUGUUUUAUAUUAUAUGAAUUUAUUGCUUCUAUUUGGGUCAACUUGUAUUGAUAAUAUGAUAUAUUGUGAAUUCAUAAUGUUUAUACGUCAAAUAAGGUCUAAACUUUAUACUUAGCUGAAUUUAUGAUCAAAAUCAAAGAGCAAUAUUAUAUAAAUGUAUAUGUAACGUUGAAAUUAUAUAAUACCACAUUCCAUUGCAGAGGUGUAUUAUUAAACAACAAAAAUAAUUAUUAUAUAUCAUUAUUUUGUCUUAAAUGUUUCUAGGAUUACGGAUAUUUAUUUCAAUUAUUACGUUUAGAAUCGUCUGUGAUGAUAUUGUAGGGAAAGGUAUCGAAUGUUUCAAGGUUGAAUUGUGAUUAGGGACUGAUGAACUUCAAAAACUCUCUUUCUAGCUCCUCAUGAAGUUUUAACGGUGUUUCAACACAUUAUUACAAUAAAGCAUCAACUCGUUUUUAUGAAGUUACUUUUAUGUCAAAGACAACGUUCGUGCUUAUCUUGGCCCCACUUUCACCAUUUAGCUCAGUAUCAAAUUACGAUGCUAGUAAGUAGUGUUAAGCAACAAAAGCAAAACGCAAGGUGAACAUUUAUUUUGUCAAUAUCUCAAGUUCGGUUUUAACAGGAACAGAAAAAGAGUUUUGGUUUGAAAGGGUACCAGAAGGAAAUAUAUUCGAAAUAUGUGGGAAAUGUAUAAUGUAUCACUUGCUUUUUUGAAAAUUUGUUAUUGGUUCCAUCUGAGCGCUAAGAACGUUUUUAUAUGUAGUAUAUUUGAAAUCCAACUACGCUAAAGUAGUACAGCUCAAAUAAUCAAAAAUCUGCAUGAUUGCAUGAGAACUACCAACGAUUUGAGCUGGUUUAAAUAUUGUUAGUGUGACUUAAGAAGCAUUAGACGUUUUUUGUUGUACAUUUUUGGAAAGUACUACAGAAAAAACAGCGUUUCAAGUAUCAGCAAUAACAGAAUCUUUUCACUAUUUGCUGCAAAAACAUUCCUGCAGCUCAUGACUAUCUUAGUUAUUUUAUGAAGCAACCCAUAAUAACACUUGUUUAUAGUUUUUCAGGUUUUUUAUCACCAUAAUAGACCUAAGUUAUAUUUUUUUGAAAUAUUGUGCCAACUACCAUUUUUUGGAAGAAUCUACACAAGACUUCAUCCAAAUUUUUAAAUUCUGGAUGAGAAAACAAUACAUUGUAUGAAUUUAAUUCAAACGUUUCGCAUACUCCUUUUUAAGUUCACUCUCAAAGAGAACAUAUGGACUGUUUUUGUAUUAACUAUUUUUAAUAUAAUAAUUUGAAAGUGAUAGUUAAAGGAGUCUUACUUUUGUCUCGCAGUGUAUAUCUAGCAAUUUAUUGUAAAUAAAUAACCAGAUGUAAAUUGUAUAUAUCUAAAACGACUAGUCCACAUUGAAAAAUAUAUUUGUUCUUCCUGUUUUUUUCUCUGUUUCGCUACUUGAUGCUUCAUCAGUAAGUACGAAAUUCUCAAAAAAGAAAUUGUAUUGCGAUGUACUCAACCAAGGUGACAAAAAUUAUCAUUAAAACAGCAGUUACUUAUUCCUUGUAUGCCACCUGAUGCAACAGAUUAUAUUUUCCGACACAAUCAAAACUGGAGAUGCAAAGUUUUAAAAUUGCCAUGUUCAUACAAUUGCUGCCCAUAACUAUCAACAGUAUUUUCUGAGAAAGCCUUUUGAAACGACAAUCAUGUUAAAAAUAGGACAUCACUUAUGAAAUUUUUUUAGCAAUCGUCAAACAUAGUUUAUAAUAACUUUUUUAGGCAAUGAAAUAUAUGAUUUCUGAGCUAAUCUCAUACAGACUUUCUUUAUUGAGAGUUUUGUAGUAGACUUCAUAUACUUUUUUAAGAUUUUCAUAAUUAGUCCAGUAUGCAUAUCAUUUUUUACUAACUUUGUGCAUUUUUUGGAAAAUCUGUACUUAUCUAACUGUAUACUAGACAUGUUGAUAAUGUAUGUUAGACCUUAAUGUAGG